GACUGCAUCUUGCUGUCUAAAGAGGUGAUAUUUCACAAUGAGGCGUGCUGCAGCUUUUCUGGCGUUGCUGCUCUGUCUGUACUGGACGGGGGCUCAAGGUGAGAGUGGAGGGCUGACAGGGAAUGAUAUCACUCAGACGGAGAUUCAGUCUGAGAUCCUGGGUGUCAAAUCAACCAGUGAUCAGACCAACAUCACCCCUGACAUCUGGGCUGAGCUGAAGGAGCUGAGAGACAUGGCCAUCGAACACAGUGUGGAGCUGAGGAACACCAAGAGCAAGAUGGAGAAGCUGGAGUUGGAGUCCAAAAUCAACGCCAGUGAAAAUGUGGUCAAGGAGCUCCAGAGAGAGAACACAGUGUUGGAGGCCAGAAUGACCGCCAGUGAAAAUGAGAUGGAGGAGCUCAAGAACGAGGUGGUGAAGCUCAAGAUAGAGAAUGAAGUUUUGAAGAUAUUCAAUCCAGAACAGAAUGCAGACCGACCAAAGGUGGCGUUCUCACUUGGUCUCACUGAUGAUGGACAAAUUGGACCCUUCAAUACUGACACCACACUCAAGUUCAGUAAAGUCUUCACCAACUUUGGUCAGGUCUACAGUCCAACUACAGGUCUCUUCACAGCCCCAGUCAGAGGAGCCUACUACUUCUCAUUCAAUCUACUGGAUAUCCGGAGUAACACAUGGAGGGAUGUUUUUCUCUAUCACAAUGACAAGAGAGUGUUGUGGAGUCAAAAUUACAGUGUAAAUGAUGGGGAAAGUGUUUCUAAUUCACUGGUUCUUCAGCUGGAAAAGGGGGAUGUGGUCUACCUGGUUUUACGUGCUGGCGAUAGUGUAUACGAUGAUGGUUAUGAUUAUACUUCCUUUAAUGGAUUUCUGCUUUUUCCACUGUGAGACUCAAACAUGAGAAUUGAUUUACCCCCAAAUGUUUGGCAUAGUGUAUAAACAAGUCCUACAGUAUUCAUGUGUAUAUGAAAGGAUGCACAUUGUUGCUGUGUUGACUUUGCUCUGCAACAAACUACAUAUGAAAUAAAAGAAUGAAUAUGAGGUUAAA